UCCAACGUCAAGAUUUCUGGCAAAAUUCUCAUUCGUGCUUUAGCCAAAGACAUUCAAAAAUGCCGCCCAAAAAGGUCGAAGUUGUCGAGGACAAUGUCGUUGCUUUCGGAAGGGUUCGCAAGAACCUGAAGAUGGGAUGCGUUGGUCUGCCCAACGUGGGAAAGUCGAGUCUGUUCAAUCUCUUGACCGAACAGAGCGCCGCUGCAGAGAACUACCCCUUUUGUACGAUUGAGCCCAACGAGGCGAGAUGUGCUGUUCCCGACGCUCGAUAUGACUUUCUCUGCGACCUUUGGAAGCCGCCGUCCAUGUACCCGGCGUAUCUGCAGGUCACCGACAUUGCCGGCCUGAUCAAAGGUGCUUCCCAAGGAGCGGGACUUGGAAAUGCCUUCCUGUCUCAUAUCCAGGCCGUUGACGGCAUGUUCCACAUUGUCAGAGCGUUCGAUAACGACGAAGUUUUGCACGUCGAUGACUCGGUUGAUCCCGUCCGGGACCUGGAUACUAUCCAAAGCGAGCUUUGCAAGAAAGAUCUCGAUAUUCUGCAGAAGACGAUCGUCGCCGAGGAAGCGAUUGUCAGAAAGGCAGGCGGCAAAUUCAAGAUGCUGCCCCUCUUCACAGAGACAACGACAAAGAUCCAAGCGAUGCUGGAGAAGGAUCAGCCAGUCAGAGACGGAAGCUGGACGCCGGCCGAGAUUGCGCUCAUCAACGAGAAGAUACAGCUGAUCACCACCAAGCCGACCAUCUACCUCGUCAACUUGACGAUGAAGGACUACCUCAGACAGAAGAGCAAGUAUCUGCCGGCCAUAGCCAAGUGGGUCACCGAGCACGGAGGCGUUCCCCGAGACAUUAUCCCCUUCUCGAUCGAGUUUGAAGAGAAGCUUCACAGCAUGAAGGACGAUCUAGCCGCACAGGCCGAGUUUCUCAAGGAGAUCAAGGUCAAGUCCAAACUGGAUAAGAUCGUUACCGAAGGAUUUACAAAGCUUGGCCUUCAAUACUACUUCACCGCUGGCGAGAAGGAGAUCAGAUGCUGGACGAUCCCAAGGGGUUGCCUUGCACCGCAAGCCGCUGGCGCUAUCCACAGCGAUUUCGAGAGGGGAUUCAUCAAAGCCGAAGUGGUCGCCUACCAAGACUUCCACGACCUCUGUGAUGGCGGCAAGUCCAUGGGCCCAAUCAAGGCUGCUGGGAAGUAUCGACAGGAAGGAAAGUCUUAUGUUGUCCAAGACGGAGAUAUCAUCCACUUCCAAUUCAACGUUUCAAACAAGAAGUAAAAUUUACUCAUCAAGGCCGAUGGCCAUGGAGGCUUGGAUACGAAGCAACUUCGACAACGACCUCAUUCAGCUUGAUUUACUCACUACGAACUCUAGCGCUUCAUCUAAGUAUAUCGAUACAGAUGUCCACUCGGUCUCUAUGUAUCAAAGCCACAUUACUCAGCCUGUCUUAGUUACCCUCGCUAGUCAUACGAUUGAUGCGUGGGAAGCGCGCUCGCACGCCGUUUCAAGCAUGCCAACCUGAUGAUGUUGCUCCCAACUCAGGGCAUCAACCGACGUGACUAUUUCAUUGGAGCGAUUGCGUUCUCAAUGGUUGUCUUUUUCAAAGUCACACGCCAAUGAGAGUGCUCAUCACAUAGUAAUUGUUUCGAAGCGCAACCUCCUCAAGGAGCUUCGCAGGUGUUUCUCCAAGUGAAAAAGAAAUUGAGUAAAAUAACCAGUAGCAGGACAAUACACAACUCAGCGAGACCCAAGGGCGGUGCCUGAGCUUACCGCACCUCAGUGGCAUAGUGGCAAUUGUGGCGCAAGAAGUGAAGUCGCGU